AUGUCGGACACUCCGAGAUCCGAGAAGGAGCUGUGCUUCACCCGAUUCAGCACCCCGGUGCCGGAACUGGACGAUCACCGUUUCUCAAUGGACCCUCCUCGCAUCGAGACCACCAACCUCGAGAGUUCCGCCAAUCAGUGCAAUGCGACCCCAGUAGGGCCGAAGGGAGAGACAUGGGAACGUCCGGAUAUGCUACAAGCUCAAGAUGCGCUUCGUGAUGCGGGCCCUCUUUUCCGUGACUUUGAGCAAGCCGUCGUGGACGACACAGACGAGGAAGGGAAUAUUGGUCGCCGCUUCUCCGCCGACCCAACUGGCCAAUUCCACACUCCACGCCGUAUUAGCCUGGGCCAGCAAGAUCUAGGCAAUAUCUCCCGGAAGUCAUCUGUGUCCGCUCACUCAUCCUCACCACCUAAUUCAGUUGAGGCCUUCGCCGAUCCACGUCGUCGCGAGCGUGCCAACACACUUGAUAGCCAUGCCCCUCCGGACUUGGAGGCUAUGAUACAGCGUACUGUCUCUGGUGGCACUCACACCCGGCGCCCGACCUUUAGCAAUGCUAGUGUCGCUCGACCCCAACCCGGAGAUUUGGUGUUGGAUGGGCCUGAGGAGAAUGCGCAUCCGUUUGAAGAGCCUGGUCGGUUUCCUGUCAUUGACUACGAGGAGCUGGAGGAAUUUGUUGCUUUGAACCAAAAGGCCAAGACGUACGGAAACCGUCGCAAGCAAAGCUUCAGCUCACAGAGCAAGAACCCUCGAGUAUUUUAUGAUCUUCGUCCGGACGAGAAGGUCUUGGAUAUUGAUGGGAUCAAGAAGUCUGGUUCAACUGACUCUGAAUCGUCUGAGACAACCCAAGAAGAGGCAGUUGUGGAUGAGAAGCAAUUGGUGGAGAAGCUCCAGAACAUCAACGAGCCGACUCGAUUCGGAUUCUUCUCUUCCGAGUUUCAAACUACCGUGCAUGCUGCGGACCUGGGAGAUUUGGUUUUUCCGGGAGACACCUUCCGUGAUCUUUUCCAGCUGGGCCCAGAGGGUGGUGUAUGGUGGUUAGACGUGGUCAACCCCACCGAGGAGGAAUUGGGUGCUAUCUCACGAGCGUUCUCAAUUCACCCUUUGACAACCGAGGAUAUCUUGAUGCAAGAAGCUCGUGAGAAAGUCGAGCUUUUCAAGCAGUACUACUUUGUCUGUUUCCGUACCUUCUUUCAAAUGGACAAGACGAGUGAGGAGUUCUUGGAGCCCGUCAACUAUUACAUGGUGGUCUUCCGCGACGGUGUCUUGACUUUCUCAUUCGAGGAAAACCCUCAUGCCGCAAAUGUUCGGAGGCGUAUUGGAAAGUUGCGUGACUAUGUUUCACUUAGCAGUGAUUGGAUCUGUUAUGCUAUGAUUGAUGACAUCGUCGAUAGCUUUGGUCCUGUGAUUCGAGAUGUAGAGCUCGAAUCCGAAGCAAUUGAAGACCAUGUAUUCAUUGCUCGAGUAGAUGACUUUGAAUCUUUCUUACCUCGCAUCGGUGGUUUGCGCAAGAAAGUCAUGAGUUUGAUGCGUCUUUUGGGUGGCAAGGCGGAUGUCAUUCGUGGUUUCUCCAAGCGUUGCAACGAGCAGUACUCCAUGACUCCUCGUGGCGAUAUUGGCCUUUACUUGGGUGAUAUUCAGGAUCACGUCGUGACCAUGAUGUCUAACUUGGCUCACUUCGAGAAGAUGCUCAGUCGGUCACACACCAAUUACCUAGCUCAACUCAACGUUACGAAUUUGGUAUUAGGCAACCAUGUCAACAAGGUUCUUAGCAAGGUCACCCUUAUUGCUACCAUCCUUGUCCCCAUGAAUCUUAUUUGUGGUCUGUUCGGCAUGAACGUCAACGUUCCCGGAAAGGAUGCUGGUGGUCUUGGAUGGUUCUUUGGUAUUCUCGGUGUGAUGGGGGCUAUUGUUGUUGUCAGCAUGGGUCUUGCUCGCUGGCAGAAACUCGUCUAA